AUGCCUGAUAUCAUAAACACCUGCAGGCGCAAGCCACGCUUUCUCCUUUUCCUCCACUCUCUUUCUCUGCCUCCCUGCUCACCAUUUUCAAUUUUCCCCAUCACAAUCCAAAAUUCUCCUCUUCAUUAUUAUUAUUAUUUUUUAUUUCGUGUUACAGUUGAUUUAUUUAAUCACGUGUAACUACCAUCGGAUUCUUCUGUACACCCAUUGUUGAUGGCUCAUGAGCACAAAAACAGAGAAUUGCGAGACACGAAACGUGUAGGUUUUGUGCACAAAAUGUUGAUAGAAGAUCAUAUAUUUUUAGGUUGAUUUAUAUGCCUUUUCUUCUCGGAUCUGCCAUGUUAUGAUUGCUGGUAUGGUGAUGGAUGGAGGAGAGGCUCUGGUUUGUUUGUUUCUUUACGCUUCAUAAGGUCCGAGAGUUUUACGAACAGUAUAUAUAUUUGAUCAAAUCUGCUGAAAUAUAUCCGUUUUGUUGAUGAUUGAACCCGUUGAGCUCAAUAACUUGAUCACUGGGACUUGGGAAAAUCUAUAGUAGAAUUUAUGGGGACGGUGACUGCUACGAGAUCGCAUUGCAAAAGAACACCUCAAGGCGCUGAGCUCCAUUUGUUAAGCACCUAAACAAGGCCAAGAACUAGGGCUACAUCAUGGCUAGUGAGGCACCUGGCCUGUCUGGUCAGCACAUGCAACAAGACUCAACAUCUACUUAUUCAAAGACAGGAAGAAAUUCAAACAAUAAUGUUUCUGUGCAGACAGGUGAGGAAUUUUCCAUGGAAUUUCUUCAGGAUCGUGUUGCUGCCAGAGGAAUUCAUGUUGCCCCUGAGAGUUGCCAAAAUAGGCCUGCACAUAAUUAUAAUCAGAAUCACCACAUGGGGUAUGAGGAUCUUGCUCGAAUUCUUGGGUUGAAGAGGAUGAAUUCUGAUUGUCCAUCUGACAUUUCUGACUUUGCUUCUGCAAAAGGGUCUAUCAAAGAGAACGAAAUGGGGGCUUAUGCUAGUAAACUAAAUGCAUACCACAAUGAAGACGGUGAUGCUGGACUUGUGUCAAGGAAAGCUUUUGGCGAAUUGAAUUGUGAUCGAGGGGCUGGUUGGGAACCAGCAUCCCCCCUCAUUUCUGCCUCAGAGUAUGCUCAUCCCAACCACUGUAAUGAAAUUGGAGUUCUAGAUGGACUUCAAUGUGCAAAGAUGAAAUUUCUCUGCAGCUUUGGUGGAAAGAUAUUGCCCAGGCCUGGUGAUGGUAAACUCAGAUAUGUAGCGGGGGAAACACGCAUCAUUUCAAUCAGAAAGAAUAUUUCCUGGGAAGAACUUGUGAAAAAAACUUCUGGUAUUUGCAAGCAACCUCACUCAAUCAAGUACCAGCUUCCAGGAGAGGAGCUUGAUGCUCUUAUAUCUGUCUCUUCUGAUGAGGAUCUCCAGAAUAUGAUAGAGGAAUACCAUGGACUUGAGAAUGUCGGGGGUUCUCAAAGAUUGCGUUUAUUUUUGGUUCCUUCUAGUGACUCUGAAAAUAUUUCUUCCUUUGAGGCAAUCACUAUGCAGCAGACUAAUCCUGAUUACCAAUAUGUUGUUGCCGUGAAUGGCAUAGUAGAUUCUAGUCCUAGGGAAAAUUCUGGGUUUCUGCACUUGGCAAGUGAAGCAAGUCAGCUGUUGACUAAUUUUGAUUGUAAUCCAAGUCCACAUAAAAGCUCUCCAACUCAUGCGGUCCCUCUGGAGACUAAGGUGGGUUUCAAUGCCCAUCCUACUCAAUUCAAUGGAUUCCAGCACAUGACCAGUUCUAGUACUCAAUCACCACCUGUUUCGCCAAUUACCUGUCAGCACAGAGAUUCCACAGGUCUUCAUAAACAGGUGCAUGGCAAUAACUCCAGUGCUGAGAGCAGCAGGUCCUUCACUACUGCUCAAUUACCAUCUGGCAACUGCAGUAUUGACACCACUGGUUACAAACAACUCCCACAAGGGAUUAUAACCUUGAUGAAUAAUGAGCAUCUUAACAAAAAAGUUGAGCCCAGUGAACAAGGCCAAGCUCAUGGUUCAGGAUUUUUCGAUUAUGAUUUUGGUAACGCAUUUAGGACAACUUCAACAGUUGAUCAUAGUCAUAACAGCUUUGAUGGGUUCUCCUGCAAAAGGCUUAUGCAUAAUGAUGGGGCACUCCAAUCUGGAAAACCUUUCUCAUGCCCAGAAGACCCAAUGGAUCUGUUAUCUGGAUCUACCAAUUUAAUCGAUUGUCAUCAUGGGAUACCAUAUUCAUAUUCUGAUUCUAAGCUGGAGCAGCAAGGAAGGCAGUCUGCUUACUGUUCACAAGGAGCAAGUCCAUCUUCACCUUCUAACCUUGUGAAGACGCAGGUACAUCCAUUGAUUGUCUCGAGUGCAUUGCAAGGAAAGCCAAUUCAUCUCCAUGAUAAUAUUAAUCUUGUCAACCCUGGAUGUCAAAAGAAUAUGCAGGAUAUUGAGUCUACUACAUCAGAAAGAAGACAACCUAGCUUAUAUGACUCUCAAUAUUCAGGAUUAUCGUGCAAGAAUGAGCCCUUCCAUAAGGAUACACAUGACAUCAACAAUGGAUAUCAAGGAGCUCAAAAUCAUGUAAGCAAAUCUAAUUUGGUGAUACCAAACCAUUGUGAUAAAAAUGCUCUGGAAUUGGACACAAGGAAUAAUGGUGAUGAAAUCAAUUUGCACCAAGGCGGAAAUGUUUCUGGGAGAUCACCAGAUACCAAUGUGGAAUACAAGAAUGAGAUGUCUGCUGUAAGCAACCAGGCAUCAACUCCCAGUGUUGAUACCUUGAGACAAAAUAUUCAUGUCUUGGGGGAUAAGGUGCCUGUUUCAUUGUUAACCGAUUUCAAACCUUUUGGUAAUGUACUGGAAAACUUCCCAAAAUUUGAAGCAGCGAAAACUGCAACUAAACUGCCUUGCUCUUUGAGUAGGGCACAAGGAAGUGAUCCUUCAUUGACCUGGAAUUUUGAAGUUGGAGGUUUAUUAUCAAGUACCAAAAAAGGCUCCUAUGAGAAAAAUCCUCUGGUUGAUUUUAUGGAUGGGUCACCAAGUAGCCAAGUUUCUCAAGGAUUUGAAAAACCUAUUGCUAGUCAAAACGAUAUGGAUCUUGAAAGACCUGCACCAAUGAGGUCCACCGAUUCAUCUCUUCCUGCCGUUCAAAAUUAUGGUUGUCCCAGCUCAGACCCACAGAAGAGAAUCUUUCUUCUUGAAAUGCAGAAUCCAUCCAAAGAAUCUUCAAUCAUUGACAAUGACCUUAUACAUAAUCCUGUUCAAAUGGUCGAGGCUUUGGGCUUUGCAGGACCUGCUGAUUAUAAGAAGUCGGAUGCUGGAGAUGCUAUGUUAGGUGCAGAAAAGACCCUACACAUGCAUGCAAAUAAAAUCCUUCUGGAGUCAGUAGCUAGUGCUGAAAAUCUAAAUAGCUUUGUUUCUGAGAUUGAAUCUUCAUCAGCAGUUGUUCCACGUGUGGAUAUGACCAGCAGUGAUGUUAAUUCUCAAUCUCCAGUUGCUCGCCUUGUGGAUACGAGCAGCACUGAUUUCAUGUUCCCUGUUGCACCAGAGUCAGGGAAUAUGGUUCCAGAAUCUGAGUCUGAGGAUGACAACACUGAUGAUCGAAAUAAGGAGGCCCCUUUUAGUGAUGCGAUGAUUGCUGAGAUGGAGGCCAGCAUUUAUGGCUUGCAGAUCAUAAAGAAUGCCGAUCUUGAGGAACUACAAGAGUUAGGAUCUGGUACAUAUGGUACUGUUUAUCAUGGAAAAUGGCGGGGAACAGAUGUUGCUAUAAAGAGACUUAAAAAAAGCUGCUUUGCUGGUAGAUCAUCAGAGCAAGACCGCUUGACAAAAGACUUUUGGAGAGAGGCGCAGAUCCUUUCAAAUCUUCAUCAUCCAAAUGUGGUUGCAUUCUAUGGGGUAGUUCCAGAUGGAGCUGGGGGAACAUUGGCAACUGUUACUGAAUACAUGGUGAACGGUUCACUUAGGCAUGUCCUAGUUAAGGACAGAUCACUUGAUUAUCGCAAAAAGCUUAUAAUUGCCAUGGAUGCAGCUUUCGGGAUGGAAUACUUGCACUCAAAAAACAUUGUCCAUUUUGAUUUAAAAUGCGACAAUUUGCUUGUUAAUCUUAGGGAUCCACAGCGACCAAUAUGCAAGGUUGGAGAUUUUGGAUUAUCAAGAAUCAAACGCAAUACUUUGGUUUCUGGUGGAGUGCGAGGAACCCUACCUUGGAUGGCACCAGAACUGUUGAAUGGUAGCAGUAGCCGGGUUUCCGAGAAGGUUGAUGUUUUCUCCUUUGGAAUUUCGCUGUGGGAAAUCUUGACUGGAGAGGAACCUUAUGAAGAUAUGCAUUGUGGUGCAAUAAUUGGGGGGAUUGUGAAAAACACACUUCGACCUCCUAUUCCAGAACGCUGUGAUCCUGAGUGGAGAAAGCUGAUGGAGCAGUGCUGGUCACCUGAUCCCGAGUGUAGACCCUCAUUUACAGAGAUAACAAACCGACUGCGAUCCAUGUCUAUGGCAGUUCAGGCAAGAGGGCACACAAUUAUCAGGCAAAACAGUUGAAGCCUAAUAUUUCCCCAUGAAGUUACAUCUCAUGGAUGUGACUUUCUUAUUCUUCAAGUACCGGAAUUUUGUCCAGAAGCCAGAAGGUUCAACUGGAAGCUGCCCUUGAGCCAUAAGAGCAGAGCUUCAAGGGUAGGCUAACAGAGUUUGAUGGUAAUAGCUUUUCUUGUCUCUUCUCACUAUUGUUGAUAACCGUAUAUCUUCAUACUUUUUUUGUAAACGUAAUAUAUGGCAGAGUAUAGGUGUAGGGGGUUGGGACUUGGCAAGCUGUAUAUCUCCCAUUUGUUCAUUCUUUUGUAAGAAAAACGCCUCCGGUGAUAUUAAGCCAUGAAGAGAGAUAUACAGUUGUCUCGGUUGUGAAAACACAUUUACUUGUAAAUACUCCAGGAGACAAAAUAUAUGUAGUGUGUGUAAUUUGAUUGAUCAAUUUGCCUA